UCUCUCACUCUACAGUAAAGUUACCCAUAAUUUUCAAUUCCGCUCUCAGUUUUCAUUGUAUCUUCGUUUAGUAUUGAACUAGGCAUUUCUCGCGUUAAGGAAAUAAAAAAAAAAAAAACAAAAAACAGGUUUACAAAACCCUAAAGUGAAAAAAUGGUUCUCUCAAUUAAAGAUUCAGCACAUUUGGAAGAGCAACUUACCGCAGCUGGCGAUAAACUUGUUGUAAUUGACUUUUAUGCAACAUGGUGUGGACCAUGUAAAGUAAUUGCACCGAAAAUAGACGAAUAUUCCGAGGAAUUUCCCGACGUCAUUUUCGUGAAAGUUGACGUCGACGAAUGCGACGAUAUUGCUGUUAAAUACAAUGUUAACAGCAUGCCAACGUUCCUCUUCAUUAAAAAUAAUACAAUGUUGGAAACUGUCGUUGGCGCAAAUGCGGGGAAAAUUAAGACAACAAUUGAAAAACAUCGACUAGCUUAAAAAAAAAAAAUUCAAAUAAAACUAAAAAUCCCACCUUAGGUUAUUUCUGUUAAUAUUUUUUUGUUAUACGAACAUAAUUUUUGGAAAACAAAAAAAAAAACCAAAAAAAAAAAUACGUCAUUUAUUUUUUUUUAAUUUAAUUUUUGCCUGUUAAUGUAAGCUUUUUAUAAGCAAAAAACUGUGUCUUCAUCAAAAGAAUAAAAAAAAAAAAAAUAAAUAAAAAUUUCACUUGCAAUAAAUAUAA